GGAGAUGGCCAUGACUGUGCAAAAAGCUGAGAGAGCUAGACUAGACACAGCAGAGAAGAAUUAAUGGCCGAUACAGACCACUGGAUUCACCGUAGAGUGGCUGUUAUAGGAGGCGGGCUCCUUGGAAUAAGAAUUGCAGGAGAGCUGGCUCUGCAAGGCUGCACUGUGCACAUCUACGACCACAAUCCACUCACCAUUCAAACAAUCCACUCCAUUAUUGAAGCUCAUUUCCAGGAGCUCCGAGACAACAACCUGCUGCCCACACACCUCAACAUCAAGGGGGAAGUAAUAGCUGAUGGUCUCCUCUCUUCAGCGGUGGCUGAUGCUGACAUUGUAUUAGAGGCAGUCAAUGAAAACAUCUCAAUCAAGAACUCUAUAUUUAGAGAUAUUGCCUCCAUAUGCUCCACCGACACUCUUCUCUGCACCAGCACACUCACACUGCCAAUGGAGGACAUCUUUGAUGGAGUACCACAUAGAGAGAGGACGUUAGGAGUGAGGUUUCUGUUUCCCGUCUACCUAAUAGACUCAGUUGAAGUGUCAACAUGGGAUGCUACAGCUGGCAACACAUUGGAGAAAAUUGGAGCUUUCCUGAAGGCAAUUAAGAAGAAAACAUUCCAGCGGGAGUUUGGUGAAUAUCCAAGAAAACUGAACAAGGAAGAAGCUUUGGAAAAUCAAAAACAGUUUUUUUGUCACAAAAAACCCAUUUAAUAGACAACUGCAUUUAAUAGACAACUGUU